ACGUGUUUUCUCGAACGGCCCUCUAGUGCACGUUAUCAAGAAGAGGCAACCGAUCGUGAUCAACGAGGAGGUCCAGGAGGCCAUCGACACGUACCAGCUCAGCCCCGACAAGCCCGUGGAGGCGGCGGAGCUCGGAGACACGCUGAUCCCGCCGCAGCCGAUAGGGCGCGCGGUGACCAAGGCCUUUCAGCAAUGCCUGGAGUACGACCCUGAGGACGGGCCAGAGUUCGUAGCCGACCAGUUUGGCUCUGGUCAUUUCAGCUGGGACCCCGUCACGCCCGAGGGUUUCGUUCUGAAGCCUGGUGAGUACACAGAGGAGGCUGUGCCGGUGCCUGCGGACCGCAUCCACUACCUGCAGGGUGCCGGUUUCCUUGCGGCAGAGGGGGACGAGGAUUACCGUGCAUAUAUUGAUAACGAUGUAUUCUCUGCGCACGGCCGCAAGUGGCAACGGGUAAUAUUGAAGGGGCAUAGGCUCGGAGUGCGAACUGGAAUGCUUCGGCUCAUGGCUGGUGUUCUCCGACGCAGACCAUGGGAACUAGAUGCAGACGUGAAGCCCUUAGCAGAAUAGGUUGCACCGCCUGUGACCUUCAGCGACUGUGCUGAAGAUGUUCCAAGUAGUUGAUCGGUCGUGGUAGCGGCCAUAUCCAGUCGACAUCCAUCACUCGGCGUCUCUGCUGAAAGCUUUCCCAC